AUGGAUACUACUACUGGUCUUGCUAAUGAUCAUGGCACUUUAGAACCAACUAUUUUUUCAGUCACUCAACGACAAAAUACUGAACUGCUGGGCCUUUCCACUCGACAGCUGGAUGCUGCCGAUUUAUUACUGAGUGAUUCUACUUCUGAAACCAUCACUGCUGGAACUACCGCUGCUAGUGUAUCCAACAUCUCUGUCGCUGGAAUAUCUCAGAAUACUAGAACUUUUUCAGUCAGUAACGAUAAUGAACAAUCCUCCAUGGACUUUACUAGAGGACUGCAAGAGGAUAUUCUACUCGAUACCCAUGCUAGACAAUCCAGCCAGGACCCAUUCGCUACUACUACAGAACCAUCUGCUCAUGAACCUAAUGAAGCCAAUCUUGGUGGUGGUUCAGUUCAUUCCUUACUUGCUCGCAAUGGAUCUGAAAAUUCAACCAUGAAUGCAGAUUUACUUUCACCGCAGCUUGAUUCUAUUACCAGCAACUCCAAUAAUGCAUUGCAAUACUCUCAGAAACCACCACUUCCAUUGGAAAAACCCAGUCGACUACAGCAUAUGAGUGCUCAGGCUUCAUUCUCUGAAUUCAACUCCAGCUCAAUCGUGAAUCAACAGCUUCCAAAGCUCAGCAUCGAGCAUGACAAUCUAAUAGAUUUAAAAAAUCAUGACACACCCAUGUCAAUAGACCUGCCUGUUAAAAACUCAAAUCAUAAGGCUGAAUCCGACACGACUACUACUCCAAAUAGCUCAGUCCGUACUCCUUCAGUCAACACUACUCCAAAAUCUGCAUAUGCAGAGUCUCUAGCUGCUGCAUCUGCCUUGUUUAAAAACUCAUUCCCCAUUGGUAGAUCAUCUUCAAGCAGAUCACCAAGCCCAACAAAAAGUAUCACAAGUAAAUCUCUACUCCAACCACCAAAACGUACAAGUCAAGUAAGCCCGGAUUUACAGUUUGCUAGCAAGAGUCCUUCAGAUUCACCACAUUUACCUUUGCAGAAUUUGAAUGCAUUUGACAUGUCUGUACUGACCCCGCAACCUAUCCAUGAUGGAGUUCAUCUUGGAUCUGCUGCUUCACGCGGUCCUUUGAAUGCUCUUCCACCACCGCUCGAACCGCAUCUAUUCACUCUUCCAACACGCAAAUGGACUGAUCCAACUACAUUUUCUGACAUUCCUUACACUGAUCUUCUUGGAGAUGCCAUGGCAAAAUUGUUUAUCAAUACUCCUGAAAUCCAACGACCUGCUCGCAAAAUUAUGACAGUUGAUCAAGCUAUUCUUCUCCCUAAUCCUUACAAGGUUCUCAUCGAGGCAAACAGCUGGCGCUCAGUUGCUCAACUUGCUCGCAGUGAUAUUAUUGCAAGUCAUCCUGCCAGUGUUGAUCGUAUCUCUCGCCUUUGGUUGCUCAGAUGGUAUGCUUUAUCGCGUCUCAAACAUAUCGAUCUCAUUCAAAGCGAAAUGGAUCGUAUGGGUGAUUUAGAAUCCACUGAACUGACCUUUGAAAGAUUCCCUGAUGUGUGGUUAAAUCGCCAGGGUCCAUUGGCAAGUUUUGAACUAAGAUUGUUUUGUCAUUUGGUGCCUGCCAUGAAAGGAAACCACUAUGAGAGUAUACAUCGCAUGUAUAAGCUUUUAUAUGGAUAUCGUAAGCAUGCUCAAAUGCACGCACAAAAACUACGUAAUCAAGACACAAGCGAUGCCACAAGUGUUUUUGAAAGCCUUAAACCUAAUACUGACAUGAGCCAACCGAAUGUGGAAGAAAUAGACUCUGUUCAACCUAAACCUCCUACUUUUGAUCCCAUUUCCGACUGGAAGCGUGUUCAACCAAUCAUUCUCAUUCAUAUCGCUAAUCUGCUUGUAGAUAUUCAGGAUUAUACCAAUGCAAGCAGUAUCAUGCAAAGCUUACAUCAGCUAAACCCUGACAACCUCGACAUCUUUGCUGCCAUGGGUCGUCUUCACCUUCAAGUUGGCAAUCUUCCAUCGGCUAAAAAGGUGUUUUUGCAGAUUGAGAGCAAAUUAGGAAUACCUUUGGAUACUCAAUCUUUGCCAUCUGGUGUGGAAGGGAAUAAAAGGCUUGAUCAAGGCAGCGGAGCUAAAAUGGGUACAUCCAUUCUUAAAAGUACAAUCUUGGGACCACAGGUUCCACUGGAUAUUCCUCGAGCCGAUCUUAUUCUUUCACAUAGAGGCAUGCUUUGCUUGGCUGAAGGUGAAUACGAUCAAGCCAUUUCUUACUUUACCGAGUCUGUCACUCGUAGCCCAUUACCUUUACCCAUAUUGAUCAACAAUCUCGCUCUUGCGCAGCUUUAUUCGGGAAAUGUGAAUCAGGCAGCAAGUUUUCUUGAAAGUUUGAGUGCCGAGCGACCCAAAGUAGUUGCAAGUACACCUGGAUUAGUGUUUAACCUAUGUACGUUGUAUGAUUUGGUCGAGAGAAGUUUGGAAAAAAAGCGGCGGUUCUUGGCAGAUGUGGUUGGAGUUUAUGGAGGAGAUGAUUUUGCUUCAGAGAAUAUCAAAGUUUAG